AUGGAGAAAGAAGUGCCUGAAGUGCUAAUGGCUCCAAAGGAUGACAACAGCCCGAGGCAAGAAGGGAUUUGGGACCGUUGUACUGGGAUUGGUGGUGGCUGGCAGAGGACAAGGAGCUGCAUCCUGUGCAGCCUCUGCCUCUAUGGUCUGGUUGUCUUGCUGGAGCACCAUGGAGAGCAGAGCCAAGGACUGAGGAGAUGCCGCACAGCACAGCUUGCUAACAUCAAGAUGAGCUGCAAGCCUCUGAACUUGGCAAACCAGAGGCAGCAUCCCAGCUGUACAGCUGAGGCAUCAGGUCAGCCACCAGGCCAAUCAGAGCAGAUCAAACCAAACAAUAGAUUUGCCCCAUCAAAAGAGAAAUUUUACCACAGAACCAUUGUCCAGAACAACUGUUUCUACAGGGGACUAGUUGCCACUCAAAGCUGUAAACCUCUGAAUCUGGGCCAGAAAAGCAAGGCUCCCUUUGAAUACAUAACGAAUUACAGAAUGAAUUAUGUGCCACCUCCUCUGGUGAAACAUGAUGUACAUAAAAUUCAGAAAUAAAAGGUCAAUUAUGUUUCAUUUGAUGGCCUCACUACACACAGAUUUUCUUACCUGCGGUGGGCUGGUUAGCCAACCAGACUUCCAAAACCAUACCAGACAAAGCCAGUCCCUCUUCCUUUCUCCACUACAACUGAAUUUCAGGAAAAAUACAAAGCUUGACUACAGCCUCCUGUAUUCACCAGAAAAGCUGAUAUAUAUCUUCCUCCUCUGGAGAAAGUGGACCUUCACACCACUACUUGGACACACUGGAAGCACUCAAAUGAAAAGCCAGCCAAGUUGUGUCAAUCUUUGGCCCAGCUUAAUAAAAUUACUGAGCCAUUUAAUAGCUCUUCUAUAGUGAAGGAAGACUAUAAGCCUUGGCUAUGAAAUAGACUAAAACCUAUCACUCAUGCUUCAACUUUCCCAGCAAAACCAAUAGAUUUCUUGGCUAUGUUUUGGACCCAUCAUGGGCCUCAUUCUCUCACAGUAUGUACCUAUAAACCUGUCUGGUCAGGCUGAAAACAUUGCACUCCCCUAGAUGCUAAAACAACCCACACUCCCAGUUACACACCAAAGGGCUUUGUUAGAUGCCUGGCCCCUUACAAAGACCCCAUCUUUGAGAAAACUGAUGCUGACAGCUUGAUUUUGUUUGGAAUUCCCUUUUUGUCCCCUCUGAUCAUGGGGUGGGAAUCCUACAUGGACACAGAUAAAAGACGAAAGGUGCUCUUCUCCUCGGGACUAAAUCCUGUUUAUUAUCAGGAGCCACUUCAGAUCCAGGCAACACCUCAGGGGGUAACAGAGGCCGAGGCGUUUGAUUGA